AGACGUGUCAAAAAUUCAAAGAGUCAAAUAUAUCCAAAGACUUGGAAUUUCCACUCACAAACCCUUCAAACGGUGCGUCAAUUCCAAUCAAAUUUCCAAAUUUUUUUCUUCCAUUAAUUCAUAUUUCAAACUCACAAACAUCUAUAAAUACCAGGACCAAUAAACUCACAUUUCAUCAUCAUACAAAAAUUCAAUUUCCAAUCCUCAAAACAAAUCAAAUCUAACCUUUAAAUUUGUUUAUAUACAGUUGAAGAUGAGGCUAUUGAAAGUGGCUACGUGUAAUUUGAACCAAUGGGCAAUGGAUUUCGACUGUAAUUUGAAAAACAUUAAGGAAUCUAUUUCCGAAGCUAAAGGUUCGGGUGCUAUGAUCAGGCUUGGACCCGAACUUGAAAUAACUGGUUAUGGUUGUGAAGAUCAUUUCUUGGAACUCGAUACUGUUGCUCAUGCAUGGGAAUGCUUAAAAGAACUACUGUUAGGAGAUUGGACUGAUGGCAUAUUAUGCAGCUUCGGUAUGCCUGUUAUCAAGGAUUCAGAACGUUACAACUGUCAAGUGUUGUGCCUAAACAGAAAAAUAAUCAUGAUAAGGCCAAAGAUGUGGCUAGCAAAUGAUGGAAACUAUCGAGAACUCCGAUGGUUUACGGCGUGGAAACAAAAAGAGCAUCUUGAGGACUUCCAUCUCCCAAGUGAAAUUUCAGAUGCUUUGUCUCAGACAACAGUACCUUUUGGUUAUGGCUAUGUCCAGUUUCUAGACACAGCUGUUGCUGCUGAAGUUUGUGAGGAACUUUUUACUCCUCUACCUCCUCACGCUGAGCUUGCGUUGAAUGGUGUUGAAGUGUUUAUGAAUGCAAGUGGAAGUCAUCAUCAAUUACGAAAGCUUGAUCUUCGCAAUCGUGCUUUUAUAAGUGCCACACAUACUCGAGGGGGAGUUUACAUGUACAGUAAUCACCAGGGAUGCGAUGGUGGUCGUCUCUAUUAUGAUGGAUGUUCUUGUGUUGUUGUAAACGGAGAUAUGGUAGCACAAGGUUCACAAUUUUCCUUGAAGGAUGUUGAAAUGGUUUUUGCUCAAAUUGAUCUAGAUGCGGUUGCGAGUCUCAGAUCAUCUGUCAGUAGUUUUCAAGAGCAAGCAAGUUGUAAAGCUAAAGUUUCUAAAGUAUUUGUGCCUCACAAGCUUUGCCAACCUUUUGACCUCCAAAUGUUACUUUCAAGUCCACUCAAGAUUAGAUACCACUCUCCCGAGGAGGAAAUAGCACUUGGACCUGCUUGUUGGCUUUGGGAUUAUCUAAGAAGAAGUGGUGCAUCUGGUUUUCUGCUUCCACUUUCUGGGGGUGCUGAUAGUUCCUCCGUUGCUGCUAUAGUUGGUUCAAUGUGCCAGCUUGUUGUAAAAGAAAUUGCAAAUGGCGACAAGCAGAUAAAAGCUGAUGCCAUUCGCAUUGGCCAUUACACUGAUGGUCAGUUUCCAACGGAUAGCAAAGAAUUUGCUAAACGCAUUUUUUACACUGUUUUUAUGGGAUCUGAAAAUAGUUCAGAAGCCACAACAACUCGGGCAAAGGUGUUGGCUGAUGAGAUAGGAUCAUGGCAUCUUAAUGUGAGCAUCGAUGGAGUGGUCUCUUCACUUAUCUCUCUGUUUCAAACACUCACUGGAAAGCGUCCACGCUACAAGGUAGAUGGGGGAUCAAACAUUGAAAAUUUAGGGUUACAAAACAUUCAAGCUCGGGUCCGGAUGGUCCUGGCAUUCAUGUUAGCAUCUCUGCUUCCAUGGGUCCAUAACAAACCUGGUUUUUAUCUGGUUUUGGGUAGCUCCAAUGUGGAUGAAGGAUUACGUGGUUACUUAACAAAGUAUGAUUGUAGUUCAGCAGAUAUAAAUCCAAUUGGAAGUAUCAGUAAGAUGGAUCUUCGAACAUUUCUGAAAUGGGCUGCUGUUCAUCUUGGUUACUCAUCCCUGGCAGAGAUUGAAGCUGCUCCACCCACUGCUGAAUUGGAGCCUAUACGCUCGAAUUACAGUCAGUUGGAUGAAGUGGAUAUGGGUAUGACCUAUGAGGAACUUUCAGUGUAUGGAAGGUUGCGCAAGAUUUUCCGCUGUGGACCCCUAUCAAUGUUCAAGAAUCUGUGUUACAAAUGGGGUACAAAGUUGACGCCUGCAGAGGUGGCUGACAAAGUGAAAUACUUCUUUAAGUACUAUUCCAUCAACAGACACAAGAUGACUGUACUGACGCCUUCAUAUCAUGCCGAGAGUUAUUCGCCAGAGGACAAUAGGUUUGAUCUGCGCCAGUUCCUGUACAAUGUCCGAUGGCCUUAUCAAUUUCGCAAGAUUGAUGAACUUGUGAAUGAGCUUAAUGGUGAUACAGUUGCUCUUACAAAAUCGACUGAUGGAGAAAAGGUUGACGUUACGGCUGAUGGUGGGAUGGGUGUUGUGGCCGCAGGCUCGAGUGAUCCAAGAGCUGGCUUCUAAUUCUAACUUCAUAGUUUUAGCUCAUAAUGCAGCUGAAAGUAGAUAUUGGAUUUUCAAUGCUUUCUAAGUAUUCAGUCUUCAGAUAGACUAAUUUAUGUCGAAUUUGCUCUUUACUUUUAUUUAACCAAAUCAGUUCAACACUUAUCAAUAAUGAAAACACCAUCAUUUGCGAUCUGUUGUAUAAAACAAGAUUUUUUUCUCA